UAAGCCGAUGACCAUAGUAUCGAUAUAUCGAUCGCAUACUCAAUCGAUCCGCGUUGGGAGCUUUCAUUCAGCAUAACAUCCAUUCGGAAAUCCAUUUCAAUCACAAUGAUUGGUGACAGUGGCAACUGGAUCCCGGACUCGUGCCGCUUUCCGCAGCAUGUGCUGUCCGACAUGCUGGAAGGACUGUGCCACGACAUCCCAAACCUAACCCACACGGAGUGCCAGGCGCUGGCCGCACUGCAUGUUAGAUGGAUGGCGAAGCUGGUCAACCGCCAGCCAGAUUCGAAUCGACUUCCGCCAGCGCCAAAGAAGCCCCGUAGCCGGGCUAGGAACAUCGCACCACAGCAGCCGAACCUGUCAGGCGAGGAGAAGCGCGUGGAGCACAACAUCUACGAGGCGGACGACUACGAGGUGGUCAACAAUCGCAUCCACAUUCCGCGGCUGCGUGCCGCUUGGAGACCACGGCACUUCGACAUCAUGAUGCCCGCCAUUGUUAUCAAGCGGGGCCUAUUGAAUAAGCACUUUCACUGGCGCAUUCUCAACAAGAUCAUGGAAGCCGCCGACGCAGAGGCCCAAGCCGAGCUUCAGAAGUUUGUGGACGAAGUGGUUACCUCGGACAAGCUAGACUGAAACAGGCUAAUGUUAAGCCCCUACAUACC